AUGGCUCCUCCACGGCGCGUCCUACUUUCGAAGGAGCGCUUCGCAUAUAACUUUGGACUCCUGAAAACACAAGCCUAUCAUGAUCCUCAAGCGCGCGCACCUGGCUCCCAUACAAUUCGCACAAUUGCAUGGAACCCUACAGGCCAAUUAAUUGCUACCGGAUCCGCCGACCGGACGCUCCGAAUCUGGAACCCCGAGCGCUCGCAAGCCAAAUAUUCCACCGACCUGCGAGGUCAUACCGCGGGCAUUGAGAAGGUUAUCUUCAACCCCGUUCGCGAUUCAGAGCUGGCCAGUUGCUCUACCGAUGGUACGGUACGGAUAUGGGACGUGCGAUCUAAGGCGUGCGUGAGCCGCUUAGAUGUCGGUGGCGAGGCCUUCACUCUGUCCUGGUCCGCAGAUGGGACCGUUCUGAUGGCUGGGAGAAAAGACGAUACUCUCGUGCCGAUAUCCGUUGAGUCACCUUCUACACCAACACCCCUCGGUGGACCACUGACGACAUCAACAACGUACAAAACCCUCCCCUCGCACCCGCAACCGAUCCAAACAAACGCGACCACCUUUUCACACCACAUCCCAACCCCAACAUCACCCAAUCUCCACCUCCUUGCCACAACCGGCGAGGGCACCGUCAAAAUCAUCUCCUACCCCUCCUUCGAAACUAUCCAUACCCUCCACGCCCACACUUCCGCCUGCCUCUCCAUAGCCCUCACCCCAACAGGCCGCUACCUCGCCAUCGGCGGCAGCGACGCCCUCAUCUCUCUCUGGGACACAACAGACUGGAUCUGCCGACGGACCAUAUCAAGUAAUAACGGCGGCGCUGUAAGGGGGGUGAGCUGGAGCUUCGACGGGCGAUUCAUCUGCGGCGCGUGCGACGAGGUCGGGUGCGGCGGGAAUGGGAUUGAGAUCUUCCAUGCGGAGACGGGCGAGAGCGUGUAUACGGUUCCUACAGGGGGUGGCAUGAAUGCAGGGAUUCCGGCUGUUGCGUGGCAUCCGUCGAGGUACUGGUUGGCAUACUCGACGACGGCGGAUGCGCAUGGAGCUGGAGGGUUGAGGAUUGUUGGGGCUGCCGGGGGUAAUAAUUUAUAA